AUUAUAUUAACUUACGCGUUUGUUUGUUUACUUAUACUGCUGAACGCAGUCAUCGGCGCAUUCACUCGAACACUUCUUCUCACAGUCGUUUGUAAUUGGAAUUUGGUCAAGUUAUUGUGUAAAUAAAAGGAAGACGACGAGUGAAGAAGGCGGUCCCAGCGGGCAAGACGCAGGUGAGAGGCUUGGAUUUCACGGGUUUCGGAAGUGUUUUAAUUGCAGCGGGGAGUUCAGUGAUCAGUCAGUGAGAUUGGCAUCUGACCCUGAAGAGAGGUUUUUCAAAAGUGCUCCGAGUUUUUCUUGCAUCGGUGCGAAACGAUUCACGCGGGGAUUCAGUUCUUUUUCUUUCGGGUAGGGUACUUUUUAAUUUCCGACUUUUAAUAUUUGCAAAAUGUACUGAUGUUAGAUAUGGAUGACAUGAAAAGCCCUGAUGGGUUUUUCCAAAAACCUGCAUUCAGCAUCAGCAACCUCCUGCUUCGUCGAGAGGGAGUCGUAAAUGACACCGGCGCCGCGAUGGAAGAAUGCUGUUCGAAAAACUUGGAUCCCCAACUCCAGUCUAAUUCACCGCGGGAACCGGCGAGCAAAGGAGUUUUUGUCCGGUGCGGACUGCAUAACGAUGACUGUAACGGUAACGAAACCGACGACAUAAAAGCAUGUGACUUUCAAAAAAAGUUGCUGACCGGCGGGAAGAAUGCCGGCGAAAAAGGAGCCAAAAACAACGACGGUGGCAGCGAAGUCAAGGCGGACGAAAAUGAGGGGAAAAUGAAGUUUGAGAAGCCUCCAUUCAGCUACAACGCGCUGAUAAUGAUGGCUAUACGCCAAAGCCCAGAACGGCGCCUAACCCUGAACGGCAUCUACGAAUUCAUCAUGGGCAAUUUCCCAUAUUACCGCGACAAUAAACAAGGCUGGCAGAACUCGAUCCGACACAACUUGAGCCUGAAUAAGUGCUUCGUAAAGGUGCCUCGACACUAUGACGACCCGGGCAAAGGGAAUUACUGGAUGCUGGACCCUUCGAGUGACGACGUUUUUAUUGGCGGUGCAACUGGUAAACUCAGACGGCGCCCCAACGCCGCUUCUCGGGCGAAACUAGCCUUUAAAAGAGGAUCUCGCUUGGCCAACACUAAUCCAGCCGGAUUUGCAAUCACUGGGUCUUUUUAUUGGCCUGGGCCUCCUCUUAUAACUUUCCGACAGUCCGCACAACCACCCUCGGGCUCAGGGCUUAGCUACGGCUCGUCAUAUUUCGGUUCGCAUCCCGGAAACACAUCUUCACACCACCUAUGCGCUCCAACCGCCGGAGCUGAACGACUGCUGCAUGCCCACCAGGAGAGCCCCCCUUUUGCUGCAAGGGGGCAUAAUUCCCGAUUCCACCACAUGGCUUCAGCUACAUCGUUCACCUCAUCCGCUUUGCCAUGCUCCGUGUCGCUGCACAGCCCCUGUCCAUUAAGUCUGUUCCCCGGCUCUGCGAGCUAUUUCUGCUCACACCAGAGCCAUCCGGCACCACUAUGUCCAGUUUCUCAAGGGUGAAAGAGCCUGCAAGAUGGGGUUGAUAGCAUCACUAUGAGAGUGACCUCAUUGAUCUGCUUCUACGGUUACACUCCAACAUGACAUCAGCACCUCCUGAACUUUCCCUUGCCUUUCUGUGGCUGACACUUAACGUUUUUUUUUCCAUUAAUAAAAAGAUGGGAGAAGAUGCUGAUAAAGACUGGUGUCUGGAUACAUGCCUAAAGAAAGACAAAGGCUCCUUCUUGAGACCUGAGAGAUGCUUCACACAUGCAGGCUCAGCCAGGUUGGUUGGUUCCAGCAGAUAAAACCUCAAGCGUGUAUCAAGUGGCAUUGUUUGGGCAAAAUAAAGAAAGAGGUACAAAGAUCGUAAUGAUGUUUUUAUUAGAGUUGAAGAAUGACAGAAUGAAAUGCAAAGGAGAUCGAGGAACAGAAAGAAAUGAGAGCAGGAAAAAAAUAAAGGAAAAGAUGAAGAGAUAAUGAGAGACUCCCAUGUCCCAGGGCAGAAGAAACACAAUCCUGUUUGCAGUUUAUUUGCGUAAUAAAUAAUAUCCCCCUUCAAGCAGUGCAAAUAACCCAGCACCUUUGAAUAACCUGUCCUGCACACCGGGAGUCACACAAGGAUGAUAAAUCAUGUUGGAGCAACGACUGGGCUUGCAGUUCAUGAGCUCCAAGCCACAUCAGGGCACUGCUAUUGCCCCAGAGACCACACGCACGUAGACUGCAAGCGGGGACGCUGUAAGGGGCGGGGGGUGUUGGGGGGGGGCUAGUAGUUAGGACGAUUCCAAGGUUCCAAGGGCCCAUGACUGAUAGGUAAAAAAAUUUGAAAAAAACAUUGGAUUGGUCAGGGUUGGGGGCCAAAAAUUUCUAGUGUUUCUAGUAUUGUGUUUUUUAAUUAACAGGAGAGUUGAUUUGAAAUUUACCUUGCAAAUAUUUUGUACAAACCAUUUCAGCGCUUUUUGCUAAAGCUGUAGUAAAGAAGUAUAUUUAUAUUUUUGUUUAUUUUCUUUAUUCUUUUAUAUUUCCUUUUAAAUUCCCGAUCAUCGUGCUGUAGCAUCUGAUUAGGUUCCUACUUUGUCGGAAGAUGGUGUGUAGCUCUUGCUAAUAGGCUGUAUUAAGACUUCCAUUCAUCCAUCCAUCCAUCCAGCCAUCCAUUUUCCAAAACUGCUUGCCCUGUGCACGGUCGCGGGGCUCUGGAGCUUGUCCCGGAGGCUACGGACACAAGGCAGGGAACAACCCAGGAUGGGGCACCAACCCAUCACAGUAUACUAAGACUUGUAACUGGGUAUUCAUUGAAAGCUCAGCCUACCUGCACUUAUGUCUAGUUGACUCUUUGACAACAAGUAUGUUUGUAAUGUUCUAUUUGUAAAUGUUAAUGUACCUUGAAGCUCUUUUUCGGUCUCCAUGGAGACAGACACUUCUGGUUACUAUUCUCUCAGUUGGAGCUGCUUGUUGGCAGAAUGGUUGUCAAGAUGGAAAGAAAAAAGGUAUAUUGACGUGUAUUAAGUAACCUUUUAAGUAGAUAAAAGAAUAUGAUAUUAUGAUGAUACUCAGUGGUUCAAAAGUACACUAUAGGAAUGUGCUUGCUUUGAAUGUACCACCAUCUCAAGCGCCGUCUUUCGCUUGUCACAGUACUUUGGGAAUCGUAGCUAUUCAUACGGCUGAAAAAAUGCAGCAGGGGGCUGGGAUUCACGUUGAAAAGCAUUCAGCCUAACUCAUUCUACAUGACGGAGGGUGUCCACAUGUUCCUGCCCCUGUUGCAUUAAACCGCAGGUAUAUAAAUCACAGCCAUUCCAUGCAGUGCCCUUUGCGAUUGUUGGCACCCC